AGGACUACAACUCCCAGCAUGCACUGAGGCAGACGACCCGCAUGCAGAGCGCGGCGCCGCGCGGUGCGCGCAGGGAUUUGUAGUUCUCCGUGCGGCGGGGGCGCCAUGCCGGAGGGGAAGGCCGCGUUCCGCGAGGUGCUGCCUAAGCAAGGGCAGCUCUCGGCGGAGGACGUCCCCGCCAUGGUGCUGUGCAAGCCCAAGGUGCUGCCCCUCAAGUCGGUGGCGCUGGAGAAACUGGAGGAGCUGCAGCGGGCGGCGGCGGAGGCGGCCGGGAGGGCCUCCGGGGGGGCGCCGGGCACGCAGCGCUAGCGCCGGGAACCGCCGGGCCCCAGCUUUGCCUGCAAGGAUCGUUGUGACAUCUGACUCUUGCAUCUCAGUGAUGCACUGAUCUCUGCCCAGGAAAUCAGCAAAGCUGAGAGGAGAGGCGGGCCUUUGUCCUCAGCAGAGCAGACGGGCAUGUUGCCUGGGAUUCAACAGAGGCCUGCUUUGCUCCAAUAUUUAUCCCAGCCUCCACGUAAAAGGUUUCACAUUGCUACAGGUUUUUAAUAAAAGUUUUAAGUUUCCCAGUCUGA